AUGAAGAAGUGCCCGGUUGGCUCUGAUGGAAAAGGCUCCCUUGGAGAUGUUGUUGCGUAUCUCAGGGACUGGUGCAGCAGAGAGGACCUGAAAAUGCUGCUGACUGACAGAGGAGCCUGGAAGGAGCUCAUGGCGGAUGCUGGAUUGUCCAGGGAAGAGGAAGAGACUCUGCGUGAGGCUCUGAUUGAGCUCACAGCAGACAUGGCUGUGGAUGACACCGACGGGCACCAAGAUGACCCGCAGGAUCGGAAGAUGUUUCUGGAUGCUUACCCUCAGCUUAAACGGGAGCUUGAAGAGCGCAUAGAGAAGCUCCGCGCCCUCGCAGACAAGGUGGACCAGGUGCACCGAGACUGCACCAUCACCAACGUGGUGGCCGACUCGGCCAGCGCCGCCUCUGGGGUGCUGACGAUCCUUGGCCUGGCCCUGGCACCUGUGACGGCAGGUGUCAGUCUGAUGCUUUCAGCCACGGGGAUGGGGCUGGGCGCGGCAGCUGCUGUGACUCGGGUCACCUCGAGCAUCGUGGACCACAAGAACAGGUUGUCGGCAGAAGCUGAAGUCAGCCGCCUGCAUUCAGCCGGCAACAGCACAGUGAGGGACAUGCAAGACACUGCGGGUCAGACAGUGCCCGAAGCUCUUUUCAAAAAUGGGGGCUGUGCCCGAGGCCUCAAAGGCCUAGCAGGCAUUGGGAGGAAUAUACGUGCCAUCAGGAUUGCCCAAGCCAACCCUCGCUUACUAGCCAAUGCCAAGCGCCUCAUGGCAGCUGGAAGACUGUCAGCCCGAAACACCAAACAGGUGCAGAAAGCCUUCGGAGGCACUGCGCUGGCCAUGACGAAAGGAGCCCGGGUGGCCAGCGGGGCCGCUGCGGGGCUCUUCCUCCUGAUGGACGUGGCCAGCCUCGUGAAAGAGUCUCUGCAUCUGCACGAGGGGGCAAAGUCGGGGUCCGCCGAGGAGCUGCGGCGGCAGGCUGAGGAGCUGGAGGAGAAGUUGGAGGAACUCACCCGGAUCCAUGACAGUCUCAAUAUUAAUGACUCUCCCUGA